AUGAAUCGCUGCGUCCUUGCUCUGGAGGAAGUUGUGCUUCGACUGGGCCCAAAUUGGCGUGUUAGCCCUUUUGGCAGUGCCGCCAAUGGCUUUGGCACAAAGUUCUCGGACUUGGAUGCAACGUGCUAUGAGCUUCCACCCGAGGAGGGGAAGGAACCUGAGCAACCACAGCAGCCUGCAGCUGAAGUUCUAAGCGAGCGCCUCGCACCCUUGUUGCGGGAGCACCCGGAGUUUACCAUGGCGCAGGAGGUUUUACAUGCUCGCGUGCCCAUUCUGAAGCUGUGCUUUGAGGGCAAGUUGGAGGUGGACCUCUCGUGCCACAAUACGUUACCUCUUCAGAAUACCAAGUUGCUGAAGGCUUGCUUGUUCAUGUCCUUGCAUGUGGCAUUCAACGGGCAUGCUCCUCCUCAUCACGAAAGCUCCUUACAGGGAGCUUUGUUUGGUAGAGGGACGCCAAUGCCAAUUUCGUUGGCUCGGAGGGCCUUUUGGGGCUAA